GCCGAAUGAAGUUAUUUUAUCAGAAAUUAAAUAAAUAACGGAUAGCCAAAGUGAAAUAAAUCGAAGUGAAAGUGAAGCUCACUACAUGCCGACUUUUAAUAUGCAAAGUAAAAAUUAUUACAGUCACUGUCCACUAAAAAAACGACCGAUCAAAGAAGAAACACCUUUCGACUCUGAACCUGAAAAUCUAAGCACAAAACCAAAAGAUUUACAAAGCAAAAGUUUUAAGAGGAAUAUUUCAACAGAUUUUACACAUUCGGGAAUGUUUAUUGAACCAACAUUUGGAAGUGUUCUAUAUAAUCAAAAAUUAUGGAGAAUACCUGAAAUUUCUGCAAGCUUUUAUCCAUUCCAGUUGUAUAAUGCUUUAUUGCCACGCCACAAACCUUGCCAACUUGUGGCUUCUUCAGAAAUCAUACUGUCGAAUGCGUCGUCAUUAACUCCACUAUCGGAAGCUUUUAUAGAACCAAUAAAACUGGAGAAAGCAGCAAAAAAAGUCGAUGGGCUUGUGCCAGGCCAUCAAACUUUAUUGUCUCUUUCACCCACGUCUAAACCAUUAUCAUUAACAUCUCAACCGACACCAUCAAAACUAAUGACUUCCGCAAAAAUGUUAACAGAUUUUAAAAUUACAACAUUAUUAAAAAGUGAAAAAGGCGGAAAGAAAGAAAAACAAAUGAACAAUUAUCAAUGCAAAGAGUGUAUAAAAACCUAUUCAACUUAUUCUGGGCUAGUGAAGCACCAACAGUUUCAUUGCUUAUCAAAUUGUGAUAAAAAAGUGCAAAAACUUAUAUCAUGUAACGAGUGUGGUAAAGUUUAUGCAUCAACAGGAGCACUAAAGAUGCAUAUAAGAACACACACACUUCCUUGCAAGUGUCAUCUCUGUGGAAAAGCUUUCUCAAGACCUUGGCUUCUUCAAGGACACAUAAGAACACACACAGGAGAAAAGCCUUUCAGUUGUAAUCACUGUCAUCGUGCAUUCGCUGAUCGAUCAAAUCUUCGAGCUCAUCUGCAAACACAUUCAGAUGUUAAGAAAUAUUCAUGUACAACAUGCAAUAAAACAUUUUCGCGAAUGUCUCUUCUAAUAAAACACAAUGAGAGCGGAUGCAAUUUUGACUUUGUUCAAGAACGUUUAUCUUGUUAA